GGAGCCCAGCCCGAGCCCAGCCCUCCUCGGCCGGCCGGCCUCGGCGGAGGCGGGAGGCAGGGCGGGCGGCGGGCAGCGGGGCGGCCGCGGCGGAGGCACGGGCGGAGGCACAGGCGGCGGCGACGGCGGAGGCGGCGCGGGCUCUCGCUGCAGCCCCGGAGCUGCCCGCGAGCGAGCGGAGCCAGGUCAUAGGGAGCCAGUUUGAACAGAGGAGUGACAUGGUCAGAUCUGUGCAAAAGGGUCUGUCACACACACGGAUGGCCGAACCUCGUUUUAACAACCCCUACUUCUGGCCCCCUCCUCCCACCAUGCCCAGCCAGCUGGACAACUUGGUAUUGAUCAACAAGAUCAAAGAACAACUGAUGGCAGAGAAGAUACGGCCCCCACACCUGCCGCCCACCUCAGUCUCCUCCCAGCAGCCCCUGCUGGUCCCCCCAUCCCCGGCUGAAAGCAGCCAGUCCAUCAUGUCAUUGCCGAAACUGCAGCAGGUGCCGGGGCUACACCCGCAGGCUGUGCCCCAGCCUGAUGUGGCCCUGCAUGCCCGGCCUGCCACCAGCACCGUCACAGGUCUGGGGCUGUCCUCCCGGGCUCCCGCAGUCAGCACCUCUGAGUCCAGUGCUGGCACAGGGACCAGCACCCCUUCGACGCCCACCUCCACCAGCCAGAGCCGCCUCAUAGCCUCCUCCCCUACCCUCAUCUCAGGGAUCACCAGCCCCCCCAUCCUGGACUCCAUCAAGACCAUUCAGGGCCACAGCCUGCUGGGAGCCCCCAAAACAGAACGGGGCCGCAAGAAGAUCAAGGCCGAAAACCCCUCGGGACCCCCUGUCCUCGUGGUGCCGUACCCCAUCCUGGCCUCGGGAGAGACCGCCAAAGAGGGGAAGACAUACAGGUGUAAGGUCUGCCCCUUGACCUUCUUCACCAAGUCUGAGAUGCAGAUCCACUCCAAGUCGCACACCGAGGCCAAGCCGCACAAGUGCCCACACUGCUCCAAGUCCUUUGCCAACGCCUCCUACCUGGCCCAACACCUGCGCAUCCACCUGGGUGUCAAGCCCUAUCACUGCUCCUACUGUGAGAAAUCCUUCCGCCAGCUCUCCCACCUCCAGCAGCACACCAGAAUUCACACUGGAGACAGACCCUACAAGUGCCCACAUCCCGGCUGUGAAAAGGCUUUCACCCAGCUCUCCAACCUCCAGUCUCACCAGCGACAGCACAAUAAAGAUAAACCGUACAAGUGUCCGAACUGUUACCGGGCAUAUACAGACUCCGCCUCCCUGCAGAUCCACCUCUCCGCCCAUGCCAUCAAACACGCCAAGGCCUACUGCUGCAGCAUGUGUGGGCGUGCCUACACCUCGGAGACAUACUUGAUGAAGCACAUGUCCAAACACACUGUGGUGGAACAUCUGGUCACCCACCAUUCACCCCAAAGGACGGAGUCUCCUGGCAUCCCUGUACGGAUCUCGCUCAUCUGACCCCAGGGCCCCACUCCGCUCUGUGUGCCCCCCACCCCCGGCCUCCCCAGGCAGGGCCACAGAAAGAAAACCAAUCAGAACCCCCCCUACCCUGAGCUCCCCCGCUCUGGGCCGUGCCGCUCUCCUGAACCACACUGCAUCAAGGGGCCUCUGCCCACGGGCCACCGACUCCACCACGGAGUUCCAGUUCAGUUCAGUCCGAUUCACUGCUACAAGGCUUGGAAGAGUUCCCCAGCCCAGGAGCCUGGCCAGCGGCAGUGGCCACCGGGGGAUUCUGGACAGUUUGGUGACAUCCAAAGACGAUUUCAGAGCACUUUGAACCUCUCUCUGUUGGGUUGUCUUUAGUUCACCCCCACCCCCAUUCUUCCCUUCAUUGGGUUGGUUUUUUGGUUUGUUUUCUUUUCUUUUUACUUCCUUUUUUAAAAAUAACAACAAAAAUAUUUAUUGGCCAAGAAGUUGGUGCUGCUAAAAUGGAAAAAUCAAAAGGAAAAUUGGACAGAUGGACACGGAGAGCCACAGGGUGGGGGCCUCUCACCUGCUGGGCCACGCCCAGGGGAGCACUGGGGGAGUGGGGGAGAUGACAGAGACCUCUUGGAAAAGACCCAGGGCACCUCAUGGACCCAAGGGAGAAUUGUAGCCUCUGAAUGGUUUGGACUCUGGAGUUUAUGGCCAGAGCUGGGGGAGAAGGGUCAGGCAGGAAGCGUAGCAGAAGAUGCCUGGAGCUAGGAGAAGAGGGGGCUGAAAUUAGCCCCACACAUCCCUCCCCUCGUGUCCCAGGCUAGGCUAGGCCUAGUCCCUAAGGCAGAUGGGACAGGUAGGGCCAGCUCACCUACUCAGAGAGACUUCCAAGUCUUCCAUAGGAAGCAAGAGGUGGAGAUAGGAGACCAAGGGAAGGGCUUUUGCCUCAGGCCUCCAGAACCAGGUCGUCUCCCGCCUAGGAGAGUAACUUCCCUGAAGAAGAGGGGCAGGAGAAAGGCCCAAGGCCCUGUUGGUGUGGGGCCUUGUGAGUGUUGUCAGUGAAAGUUAUCCCACCUGGCCACCGCCCCUCCUGCCUCCCCUUAGUCUGACAACGGUGCUCCCUGGGCCCUGUAACCACAGUAGAGAGUGCCCCGGUCUACCUCCAGUGCUGGCUAGGAUGAGAAUAUUCCUCUACCUCUCCUGACAUUCCUGUCUGCUCUGGGCUUGGGCUGGGAUCAGGACCUGGGGGUGGGGAAGGAGGGACAGAGUGGUUCUAGGUGUCUGACGGGGGGAAGGUCGAUGCCUGGAAUAAGGAUGUGGAAUCUUCCCUCACCUCCUGCCCAGCCUUCUAGGAAUGAGCCUAGUCACAUAUCCUCUCCUUCUAUAUUGGGGACCCGCUUAGUCCAUCUUCCCCAGAACUGGGCUCAUCCUCCCCCCCCCCAGACUGGGGAACAGAACCCUAACCUUGGAGAGGAUGUUUGCGUGUCUUCCAUGCCAGGGUGAGGUCAGGAUAGGCACAGGCAGACAGGACAGGUCGAGCCCCUGAAAGCUCACCAAUCAAGUGGCCAGGGGCCAUAUUGCAAAAUGGGGAGUGGACUUUCCCCCCAGGUUCUGGGUCUCCUCUCCAGUGCCUGAAAAAAUUCAGGCCCCGGGGACCCCUCGAGUCCCCAAUACCAAGGAGGCUUUGAUAGAACAGCUGUGAGGGGGCCUCAGAUGGUUGGGGAUUAGCAGGGGAAAAGGGCCGGGCCUGCCUGGGGGUUUGGAGUGAGGUGGCUCUGGGGCCUUGGACACUCACCUGCCCCAGCCUAAGGCAAGCGAGAGAAUUCCAAAGUCACCUUCUCUUACCCAACCCGUUUAUGAUGGCACUUAUCACCCUGUGCUAAGGCCCAGGCCAGAGAACCCCUUCACCCCAUUCCCACACCUCCAUCCCUGCAGGGUCCCUCAGGGGUGGAGGGGCACUGAGGAAAGCAGCCAGUCAGAGGACCGGCGGCCAGCCCCAGCACCCCCACCCUGAUCUGAAAGCCAUUCGUGUCUCCCCAUGUAUAUAGGAUCCAUGUACAGAGCCCGGAGAAGCCCCAACAACCCCCUCACCAGAAAGGAAAAAAAAAAAAAAACCCUAGACAAAAACUCAUCUAUAUCUUCUGUAUCUUUAAGUUCCGUUCUGAAUAUUAACUGUGUUAUUUUUAUACACUUUUUAAGCCUUAACAAUGUCAUUGUUUGACCAGCUGUUUGAUGCCCUUCGGUUCCACGUAUUUUUCACUGGUUCUUUUCCCUUGUUUCUGACUCUUUGAUGUUGUAUGAUACUCAGUAUUGUAGCCUUUUUGUCAGCAUGUUAAUAUCCUGUAAAUACGCUCUGACACUCUGUUAACACCCCCUUUUCUUUUGUCUAUGGAACCUCCAGGCCACCGAAUUUAGAUCUAGUUCCCUUACUAAGAAAGACAGAAAAAAAAAAAAAACGGUUCCAGAUGUUUGAUUCUUUUGUCCACUUUCGGGACCUGGCAUCACAGGGCCAAGGAGGUGGCACCUCAGAAGGGAAAGUUUGCAUUAUGUUAAAAAGAAAAUUUUUUUAAAAAGCAAAAUGUGGGGAAAAAAAAGCUAAUGAAAAAAAUUAAAAGCCCUAUGCUCUUUGUAUUUCUCUGUUGUGAAAAAUAAAACUGUACUACGACUGGGAA